AAAAAAAAAAACAGGAGGAGGCGAUAACUUCUAUGAAAAAAUGAUAAAAUAUCUUAUCUCGAUAAAGUUUCUAAAUACAGUAAGCUCCACGUAACCGGGUCUGAUCCUGGAUCAAAACUCGUGAUUGUUAUAUUAAUUCCACCUUUUAUCUCGUCGUCUCCUACUUUUCGUUCCUAUCUCGAACCCAAAGAAACGUUUUCCAUCGCAAUCGUCGCCACCAUGACUGUGCUGUCAUCUAGAGAUCGAGAUGAGGCUGAGAAGAAGGUGAAGAGUUCGUAUUUCGAUUUGCCGGCUAUGGACGUAUCCGUUGCAUUUCCUCAAGCAACCCCAGCUUCUAAGUUCCCACCUUGCACUUCAGACUAUUACCAUUUCAAUGAACUGUUGACUCCGGAGGAGCAGGCUGUGCGGAAGAGAGUGAGGGAGUUCAUGGAGAAAGAAGUUGCUCCCAUUAUGACAGAGUACUGGGAGAAGGCAGAGUUUCCAUUCCAUAUCAUUCCAAAGCUUGGAGCUUUAGGUGUUGUUGGUGGCUCUAUUAAGGGUUAUGGCUGUCCUGGCCUCUCCAUCACAGCCAACGCCAUUGCAACAGCAGAGAUAUCUAGAGUUGAUGCAAGCUGUGGGACUUUUAAUUUGGUGCAUACCUCUUUGGGCAUGCUCACUAUUGCACUUUGUGGAUCAGAAGCACAGAAGCACAAGUAUUUGCCUUCUUUGGCUCAGAUGAAAACUGUGACUUGUUGGGCUUUGACAGAACCUGACAAUGGAAGUGAUGCAAGUGCUCUACAAACAACUGCCACAAAGGUCGAAGGAGGUUGGGUACUUACGGGACAAAAGCGUUGGAUCGGUAACAGCACCUUUGCAGAUCUGUUGAUCAUCCUUGCUAGGAAUACGACAACUAACCAAGUGAAUGGAUUCAUAGUCAAGAAAGAUGCGCCUGGCUUAACGGUUACUAAGAUCCCAAAUAAAAUAGGUUUACGUAUUGUUCAAAAUGGAGAUAUUCUACUACAGAAUGUCUUUGUUCCUGAUGAGGAGCGGUUACCUGGACUAAAUUCUUUUCAAGACACAAGCAAGGUCCUUGCUGUCUCACGUGUAAUGGUGGCCUGGCAACCAAUUGGUGUAUCAAUGGGAGUCUACGACAUGUGUCACAGGUAUCUAAAGGAGAGGAAACAGUUUGGAGCACCGUUGGCUGCAUUCCAGAUAAACCAACAGAAGCUUGUGAAGAUGCUGGGUAAUGUUCAAGCGAUGUUUCUGAUGGGUUGGCGCCUCUGCAAGUUAUAUGAGUCGGGUCAGAUGACUCCUGGUCAAGCCAGUUUAGGAAAGGCAUGGAUUUCAUCAAAGGCAAGGGAAACUGCUUCGUUAGGCCGAGAAUUACUCGGUGGAAAUGGAAUUGUAGGAGAUUUUCUGGUGGCAAAGGCUUUCUGUGACCUUGAACCCAUUUAUACAUAUGAAGGGACUUACGAUAUAAACACCUUAGUGACGGCGAGGGAAGUAACAGGGAUUGCGAGUUUCAAACCUGCUGCUUCACGGAGCCGUAGCCGUCUUUAAGGUUGUGCAGUGUUUGUUGUUAUUCUGUCUGUGAGUUUACUUUGGUAAUGUACCGUGGAGAACAAAGUUCGUCAAAUAAACUUGACCUCUAAAGGGACAUGUACAAACCAUAAUUGCAGUUUGGAUUCGUGCUGUAUUUGUCUCCUCACAUUAAAUUAACUCAAGGAAUAAUACUAAAUUAUGUUUUAAAAUGUC